CGGUUCCAGGUGAAGAACCCUCCUCACACCUACAUUCAGAAGCUGAGAGGAUUCCUUGACCCGGCCGUCACACGCAAGAAAUUCCGUCGGAGAGUCCAGGAGUCGACUCAGGUGCUCAGAGAACUGGAGAUCUCACUACGGACCAAUCACAUCGGGUGGGUGAGGGAGUUUCUCAACGAGGAGAAUCAAGGCCUAGAUGUUCUAGUAGAGUACCUCUCCUUCGCUCAGUAUGCGGUCACGUUUGAUGGGGAGGUAUCGGAGGCCAGUACUGAAGAGAGAGCUGUAGAUUCCCCCUGGAGUCGUUCUAUAGAAGAUCUCCAUGGAGACAGCAACUUGCCCUCCCCCUCCAGUGGCAACAACAUACAGCGCUCCUCACGCCACUCUAUCGGGUCAGCGUUGGUGUCCAGGUCUAACACACUGCCCAGUAGGAAGACACUGAAGAACUCCCGCCUGGUGUGUAAGAAGGACGACGUUCACGUGUGUGUGAUGUGUCUCAGAGCCAUUAUGAACUACCAGUAUGGCUUUAACAUGGUCAUGUCCCAUCCUCAUGCUGUGAAUGAGAUCGCUCUGAGCCUCAACAACAGAAACCCAAGGACUAAGGCUCUGGUAUUGGAGCUGCUGGCUGCUGUGUGUUUGGUCAGAGGAGGUCAUGAGAUAAUCCUGUCUGCUUUUGACAACUUUAAAACAGUGUGCUCAGAGACCCUGAGGUUUGAGAAGCUGAUGGAACAUUUUAAGAAUGAGGAUGACAACAUUGACUUCAUGGUGGCCUGUAUGCAGUUCAUAAACAUUGUGGUACAUUCUGUUGAGGACAUGAACUUCAGAGUGCAUCUUCAGUAUGACUUCACCAAACUCAAUCUGGAUGAUUACCUAGAAAGGUUGAAGCACACAGAGAGUGAUCGGCUGCAGGUGCAGAUCCAGGCCUACCUGGACAACGUGUUUGACGUGGGGACGCUGCUGGAGGACGCAGAGACCAAGACCGCCGCGCUGGAGAGGGUAGAGGAGCUGGAGGAGAAUAUGACCCACAUGACAGAGAGGCUCCUGGACACAGAGAACGAGGCCAUGGCCAAGAUAGUAGAGCUGGAGAAACAGCUGAUGCAAACCAACAAGGAGCUGGACACCAUACGGGAUGUGUAUGCUAGUGCUAACAACCAGGUGCACACCCUGCGGAGGAUCGUGCGUGAGAAGGACCAGACCAUCCGCAGGCAAAGUCGACUGGAGCGCCAUGCUCAGGAGAGUGGAGGGGGCACCUUGGUGUUGCAGGGAGGGGGCACCUUACACCCCGCGAGGGGCGAGGGGGACGGAGGGGUGGGUGACUUGUCCUCCACCUCUCUGACCCUGGGCAUGACCCUCUCCCCCAGUCCGGAGACAGUGGGCUAUGGCUUGUCAGGGGCGGGACUAGGGAUGAUGCCAGCCCCUCCCCUCCCCACCACCUCCACCAAUGCCAGGGAUGCCAGGGAACAUGAACUUCUCUGGGAUAUGUGGGACGUGUCAAACGGGCCCUACCCUGCUCCUACUCCACCUCCUCCUCCCCCACCUCCCCCUCCUCCCCCCUUAUGUUCCAUGGAGUCCUCCGGUCCUCUGCCUCCCCCUCCUCCCCCAUGCGCCCCUCCACUCCCCGGCUGUGGUGGAUCACCCACUGUCAUCUUUAACUCCGGCCUGGCAGAGGGGUCACUCAAGCUGUUCUCUGUGAAGAUUAAGAAGCCUAUCCAGACUAAGUUCCGUAUGCCAGUGUUUAACUGGGUGGCCCUAAAACCAAGUCAGAUCAACGGAACUGUCUUCAACGACAUAGACGAUGAAAGGAUCCUCCAGGAGCUGAAUGUGGAGGAGUUUGAGGAGAUGUUUAAGACCAAGGCCCAGGGGCCAGCGGUGGAUGUAACUCUGAGCAGGCAUAAGGCCCCUCAGAAGGGUCCCAACAGGGUGUCUCUGCUGGAGGCUAACAGAGCCAAGAACCUGGCCAUCACCCUCCGCAAGGCUGGCCAGGGGCCCGAACUCAUCUGUCGGGCCAUCCAGACGUUUGACAUGCGUACUGUGCGUGUGGACUUUGUGGAGUGUCUGAUGCGUUUCCUCCCCACUGAGGGCGAGGUGAAGAUGCUACGGCAGUACGAGAGGGACAGAAAGCCUGUGGACACACUGAGUGAUGAGGACCGCUUCAUGUUGCAGUUCAGCCGCAUAGAGAGACUGGCCCAACGCAUGUCCAUCAUCACCUUCAUGGGCAACUUCCAGGACAACAUACAGAUGCUCACACCGCAACUCCACGCAAUCAUCGCUGCUUCUGUGUCCAUCAAGUCCUCCCAGAAACUCAAGAAGAUUCUAGAGAUUAUCCUGGCUCUGGGGAACUAUAUGAACAGCAGUAAGAGAGGAGCGGUGUACGGAUUCAAGCUGCAAAGUUUAGACCUGCUGCUGGAGACUAAGACUACCGACAGAAAGCAGACCCUGCUGCAUUACAUAGCCAACGUGGUGAGAGAGAAAUACCCCGGAGUCGCUCUGUUCUACAAUGAGCUGCACUACGUAGAGAAAGCUGCCGCAGUGUCCCUGGAGAACGUGGUGUGUGACGUGAAGGAGUGUCAGCGUGGUAUGGAUCUGUCGUGGAGGGAGUACAGCAUGCAUGGCCACAACCCACUCCUCAAAGACUUCAUCAGCAAACACGAGACUCGCCUGCAGAAACUACAGGAGGACGCACACAUCGCACAGGAUGCAUUUGACGAUGCAGUGAAGCACUUUGGGGAUAGCUCUAAGACCAUGCCUCCCUCUGUCUUCUUCCCUGUGUUUGUACGAUUCAUCAAAGCCUACAGGCUGGCGGAGGAGGAGAAUGAGCAGAGGAGGAGGCAAGAGCAGGCGCUGAUGGAGAAGCUGGAGCAGGAGGAGCUGCAACAGGAGCAGGAGGCGCCUAAGUCCCCGUCCAACCGUCCAAAGCAGCGGCAGCAGGAGUCCCUGAUCACAGAACUGAGGAGGCGACAGGGCGGUAAAGACAGCAGACAUGUCUACGAGGGCAAAGAUGGAGCUAUAGAGGACAUCAUUACAGUGCUGAAGACCGUCCCUUUCACUGCCAGGACGGCCAAACGCAGCUCUCGCUUCUUCUGUGAUCCCACCCACACUGAAUAACACUGCUAAACUCUCAGAGAGAGAUAGAGAGAUACUGUUGGAGAGAGAUAUACAGGGUAGAGGGGAGGGAGAGGGGUGAGGGAAAGCUAGGUGGGAGAGAUAAAGGGGAAUAACAAUGAGAUAGAGAGAGGAGAGAAGCGUGGGGAAAAUGAGAGGCAGUUAGAGAGAGAGAGGGGAGGGAGGGGGUGAGAGAGAGAGAGAUUGACCCGGUCUCAGAAGUAGUGACUCUACCAGAGAGAAGCUGAACUCUGAACUCUAUAGCAAGACAGACAUCAAGAUUACCUGUGACCUCACCUGUCUGGUCUGACAUCACUGCCCCCACCCCCCAUCCCC